AUGUAUAAUAAUAAUCCAAGAAGUUCCUCUCAUAAAUAAUUAAAAACUUUAUAAAGUUAACUUUAGUCAACUCCAGUAUUAAAGUCUAUAGAAUAAUUGAAAACUGAAGGAAUUCAAUAUUAUUACCAUUAAGGAUAUGAAAGAAAGGCUUUACAUAAAAUUUUUACACUUAAUACAAAAAAAAGACAUAUUCAAAGAUAUAUAAAUCAACAAGUUUAUAAUGCUGAUUUAAAUGGUAUUUCUCUUAAAGCUAGCUAAAUGGAUAGAUUUAAUUUGUAUUAAAAAGGAUUGACAGAGUAUAUUAUUAUGAAUAAUAAUUUAGUGAAUUACAAGCAAAUUCUAAAAGUUAUAGUAAUUUAUCUCGCUUGAAAAAAGGAGACUUUCAAACUAGUUCUACUGAAUAACUCUAUGGAUAUAAAAACUCACAGAAUAGAGAUAUACGUAUUACAUCAGGUCAGAGAAUAUCAUCCAUCUAAUAAGAGAAUAAUCAAAUUAAUUAGAAUAGAAUUUCUAUAUCAAAACACUAGAUUAGACCAAAAAGAGAAGAACAAUUAGUAUAGGCUAUAAGAAAAGACAAUUUAUUUACAAUUGUUUAUAAGUCUAACAUCUUUUCCAAUUGA